AUGGACGACGGACGCCUGGACCAAGAGAAGAGGCUCAUACAGUCUUUGCUCUUGAAGUGGAGACAGGCUGAGAGAGAGCAUGCCCAAUCAGAGCAGCUCUGGCAGGAGAAACUAGAAACCUGCCUGACUGCUGAGGAUCUUGGAGGAGACCACCCAUGGAAGAAGUCUGAGGAGGCUUGGUUCCUGAAGGAGAAAUCCUUUCAUAUCCAUGUCCCGGUGCGGUCUCUCCGGGCGCACAACGACUCGGUCACCGCGGUACGCUUCUGCCUCCAGGACUCACACUUCCUCAGCUGCUCCUCGGACUGCAGCGCGGUGCUCUGGGAGGCGCAGAGCUGUCGACCCGUCAGAGCGUUUGCUGGAGGCCAUGACAGCUCCAUCACAGAGUGCGCCAUGAUCCCACACACCAACAGGAUGGUGACAGUUUCCUGGGAUAAGCAGAUGGUGUCCUGGGACAUGGAGACGGGACAGAUGCUGUGGAAGUCCCGUCAGCCCGGCCUGCUCACCUCCUGCUCCUCUUCUCCAGAUGGACGGCUCCUGGUUUGUGCCACGGUUCCACAGUACGGCAUUUACAUCAGCGACGCAGCCAGCGGUCAGAGCGUGCACCAGAUCCACGAGCAUCACAAAACCACGAUCACUCGCUGUCGGUUCGACCCUGAGAGCAAACGCAUCGUCAGCGUCUCGGCCGACCGCUUCAUCAAACUGUGGGACCUGCAGAGCCUCAAGACCACGGUGUCCAUCAGCAGUAACCACGACAACGCCAUCUCCGACUGCUGCUUCUCUUCAAACGGACACUUCCUGUGUAGUGCAUCGUGGGACAAGAGCCUGAAGCUGUGGGAGCUCCAGGGGGGGUUCCGGAGCCGUGGGGGGAAGGCCCUGCAGAGAGGCCACGAGGGCAGUGUCAGCUCCUGCUGCUUCUCCCACGACGACACGCUCCUGGUGUCGGGCUCCUUUGACAGAACCGUGUCUCUGUGGGACAUGAGCUCCCUCUGUCAGACCGUGUCGCUCAAGGGCCACAGUGAUUGGGUGACAGACGUGUCCAUCAGCGCCGACAAGAAGCUGGUCGUCUCUGCCUCAAAGGUGUUCAUUUUCUCCUCCCCCAAAUCUUUGAAGACCACAGAUCACACCGUUCGGGUUUGGGACAUUGAAAAUAUUGAUGAAAUCCCGGCUGUAAUGGAGCAGAAGAAAACCCAGGGCAUUGGAGUUCACGUGCUGAAAUGUGAAGAGUGUGGGAAAGCGUUCCCUGUGUCCAGACUGCGGACCUCAGAGCUGCUCAGCAAAUGUGUUUUCUGUCGCCUCAAGUCUCCGCAAAGAUACAGACCACAGCCUCCACCUCUCAUGCCUCUGUGA